AUGGCCAGAUCCACCAAAAAGACUAAGUGCUCCCGAGGACAUCGAAACCCAAGCUCCCGAAAGAAAUCACAUUCCUGCACUGAUUUUAACCGAAAUUACUCACUCUACAUCCGGAGGGUCCUGAAGGAAGUGGAUCCCCAGAGAAGCAUAUCAUCUGGCACCUUGGACAUCAUGAACUCCGUGAUCAACGACAUCUUUGAGCGCAUUUCUACGCAAGCCAACAACUUGAUGUGUUUCAGAAAUCGUUGUACCCUCACCCAUGAAGAUAUCCAGAAGGCAAUGUAUAUGCUGUUUCCUGGGAAACGAGCUAAGUAUGCAGUGACUUUUGGAAGUGAAGCUGUCCAAAGAUAUGUCCACUCCAAAAACAAUUUACCAGCUUAA